CCAAUCAACUUUAAAGAGACUCCUCUGAGCCAAGAUGGAGUCAUCAAGCAGGUGAGCACACAAAAAUAACCAAGCUUCCCAACAAGCAGGUUAGCAUACAAAAUAACCAAGCUUCAAAGUUUAACAACACCAAAGUCAGAAGUGGCGAGCUGUUCUGUCCAAAUACCAGCUGCCUUUAGUGGCAGGUGCAGAGAGUUUAUAUAAUGUAGUCCCUUCAAUGAUUGGCGGCGAAUUCGGAAGAACCAGGAAAUGAAUAGUCCAACAUGAACUCCCGGAGACGUCCAGCAGGAGGAGUGCAGAGCGCGCAGGGAGAUCCGAGUCCGUCAGGAACAGCAAAGAAGAGUAUAUCCAGCGAAGAAGAAAUCCGAUCAGAAACAGCUGUACCAAUAGCACGGAGGAAAACAGCACUUUUCAGCGACAUCGGCUGGCCAAUCUGUUGAUGAUGGAGCUCUAAGCAGAGCACUAACAGGCCUGGGGCUGGUCGGAGGAGAUGGACAGGGUGCGACUGUCCCGGAUUGACGAGGAGCUGGAUUCUGCUGAGGUGGCGGAGCUGUGCUUCCUGUGUAGCGAUGUUAUCAACAGAAAGCGCCUCGAGGGGAUCAAGGAUGCAAAGGAGCUGUUCAUCAGACUGGAGGAGAAAGGUUUGCUAGAGAACAGUUCCUUCCUCUAUUAUCUGCUCCACACUAUCCAUCGAGCAGAUCUUCUCCACCUGCUGGAGAGUGACAGCAGACAAGUGGAGGAAACGGACGCCAGUCCUUUCCGGUCUGAAUACAGGUUGAUGCUGUACAGAAUCCAUGAAGAUUUGACUGUAGAGAAUCUGGAAAAGAUGAAGUUUCUACUCAAAGAUAAGAUGGCCAGGCGACACCUGGAGAUGAGCAGUACAGCUUUGAAUGUGUUUGCUGAAAUGGAGAAGGCAUGUCUGAUCUCUAGCAGCAACGUUGAUAUGAUCCACACGCUCCUGCUUGAGUUUGACCAACAGCUGGCGACGACUGUGCAAGACUACAUGUUCAGUCUAACACUCCCUACCACAGCCCGUCCGAAUGAACAAUUACGACUUCCUAGGGGCAGCAGUGAGCAACAGAAGCCGCAUGACAACCAUUCCUCUGUACAACCAUCUUUGUCCCUGAGUGAGACUAAGACCUACCUCAGUUCAGAAGAAAGCAUUUUCGCUGAUGCUACACCACAGAGAGAACCACCAUUAUCUAAUGACACAGAGUACUACACUCUGACUAAUCUUCCUCGAGGGUUGUGUGUGAUCAUCAACAAUAAGAUCUUCACCAGUCUCGAUUAUCGUGCUGGAUCAGACGUGGAUGAAGGUGCCCUAAGAUUACUGUUCACACGCUUUGGCUUUGACGUAAAGACAGAAUAUAACUUGACUGCACAAGAGAUUAUUGAGACACUAAAAGACUUGAGCCAGAGGAAUUUUUCUGUGGAAGAUGCCUUGGUGGUAUGUGUGCUUACCCACGGAGGAAAGGGCCUUGUCUAUGGCAGUGAUGAGGAGGGAGUGAAACUGGAGGAGCUGAUUGAGCCUUUCAGGAACAUAUACGUCCCCUCAUUGUUGGGGAAGCCCAAACUCUUUUUCAUUCAAGCAUGUCAGGGUGAAUGUUACCAGGAACCAGUCUGUCCAUGCAACAUCUCUGAUAAGCAAGAAAGUAGGACACCCGGCUCCUUGGAGGAGGAUUGUCCUCCCGAGAAAACAGUGGCUACAGAUGCAGACAUUUUGGUAGGCAUGGCCACAGUGCCUAACCACAAGUGUUAUCGGCACACAGUCCACGGCUCUUUGUACAUCCAGGAGCUGUGCAAGCAGCUGCGAAAAGCAGCUGAAAGCCCUGAGAACGAUGACAUACUGACUGUCCUAACGCGUGUGAACAGAGAGGUCAGCAAAAAUGACAUGGCACCUAAAAGACAGAUGCCACAGCCCAAAUACACUCUCACCAAGAGACUCGUCCUCAGAUUUGUUUGAGCUGUCUGGAACCCCACAGAGCACGCUACACAUUAGAUAGGCUAACAUGUACCAGAUCUAGGUCUACAGUGUUUAUGGAUGUGAGUGUUUUUGUCUCUGAAUGGUUCUGGUUGUUGGAUGAAUUUAUGCUUUGCAAUUUAGGAAAUAAAAUUUUGAACAGCUUAAAGUUGUCAUAGAAUCACAUUGUUUGAAGAUGUUUUCUAAAAUAAAAAAUCAGAUGAUCAAAA